GCUGCAGCCGGAUCCGGAUGCGGCGCUGUGACCGGCCGGGAGACUGACGCGCCUGGAGGGGAGCGUGGAUCGCUUCGGUGUGAUUUUACUGGAAAGAUGAAACCCGAUGAAACGCCUAUGUUUGACCCAAGUCUGCUUGAAGAAGUGGACUGGAGUCAGAAUACAGCCACAUUUUCUCCAGCCAUCUCUCCAAAGAAUCCUGGAGAAGGCUUGGUUUUGAGGCCUCUUUGUACUGCAGACUUGAAUAAAGAAUCUUUUGAGCAUAUGAAGAAGUCUGGGGAUUACUAUGUUACAGUUGUGGAAGAUGUGACCCUAGGACAAAUUGUUGCUACGGCAACUCUGAUAAUAGAACAUAAAUUUAUCCAUUCGUGUGCUAAGAGAGGGAGAGUAGAAGACGUCGUUGUUAGUGAUGCAUGCAGAGGGAAGCAGCUCGGCAAACUGUUAUUAUCAACUCUGACUUUGCUAAGCAAGAAGCUGAACUGUUACAAGAUCACCCUUGAAUGUCUACCACAAAACGUUGGCUUCUACCAAAAGUUUGGCUAUACAGUGUCUGAAGAAAAUUACAUGUGUCGGAGGUACCUAAAGUAAAGAACACAGUCAAGAUAAUGCUCCGGGGCUUUCCUGUUCAUCUGUUGCUGCAGCCCAGUGAGCUCCAUUCCUUCUAGACUGGAAGCAACCGUAGCAGUGACACAAGAGCAUGCCUGUGCUGCUGCGACUGCUCUGCGUCACAAGAAUACACAUGAUCAUAAAGGGGUGAUUUUUAACCAAAGGAAUAUAUUUUCAACUUGAAUCUUUUCUUGCAUUGUAUUUUUCUAAAGUUUGUCUUCAUUUCUGAAGUAGUCAAGAGUAAGGGUGGUAAAGAGUUGUAUCUGCUCUGUGCUGCUCAUUUUUAAAUGUAUGUAUAUAUACUGAAUAAGGCUUUUAUCACAUGAAAUUAUCUUUGCCUCAUUUACCUAAAUAGACUUAAGGGUGCAUCAUUUCUCACAUUAUAGGGAGUUGGACACAUCUAUUGUUAUAACUAGAUCAUCUAAACAUUGCUGAUCCUAAUACUCCACAUACUUGGACAAGGUACAACAGCUGAAAUAACUAUUUUACUAAGUGUUGGUACAGUUCUGUGCAGACACCACACCACCUGUCUCAUCUGUCAAGUGAUGUCAGAAUUCCCAAGGGCAGGUCUAGAGACCCACGGUUCUUUCAUCAGUGGGUGAGCACCCUGGUUUCCAUAUCAUGGGCAUCUGAAGCUUUUGAGCUGCCAAAAAAAAAAAAAAGUGUGGUACCGUCUUUGUUCCAUCCUUAAAAAAAAGUAGCUUUUCUAUUUAUAUGAUUAUAAUGGUAUUAUUCUGAUCAUUGUCCUGCUUUAUUUAUUUUAAUGAUUUUUAAAGGUAGAAUUAGACACUUUUUAACAAUGGUUCUAAUCAUUUUUGUAUUCCAUGUUAUUUACAUUAAACUUGUUUAUAUGAAUAGUCUCAUU